AUGGUCAGAAACAAGAUUGACGACCUAGAUGUGGAGAGGGAGCUGGAUGCAGAGCAGGAAGUCUUAGACAACAGAGGUUUCGGCGAUAAGCUGGAUAGCGAGGAGAGAAGAGAUAUCGUCCGGGAGACCUUGAUCAAUGUCAAGGAAGACCUGUCGAUUCUUCACCACGUGGACAGUGUGUAUUGCAUAUCAUCUAUCAAGGAGUUCUGGCAAUCGUUCGACUUCCCCCGGCUGGAGCAGGACCUGACGGUGACCCUGCGGCGGCAGCGUGAGGAGGACGCGCUGGAGCUGGUGGAGGGCGCAUGA